CAUGGCGUACGAACCGAAGGCUGUCCGCGGACUGGGCUGGGCUAUGGUGGCACUGGGCUCCCUCAGCGUCACGCUAGGGAUCGCUGUAAUUUGUUUGUUUGUUUGUUUGUUUGUUUAGUGUGCAGAAGACAUGGCGUACGAACCCAAGGCUGUCCGCGGACUGGGCUGGGCUAUGGUGGUCCUGGGGUCACUCAGCGUGACGCUAGGGGUCGCUGCAGACAUCAACUUCUCCGCUAGGGGCGUGGGAGCUGUGGGACACUUCAUCAGCGCACCUAUCUGGAGCGGGCUGCUGGUCCUUACGACAGGCAUUCUGGGUGUUAACAGCGCAAAGAAACCAACAAAUAAGUGCCUGAUCGUAGCCUCCAUGGUUGUGGGUAUAUUCGUGAUCCUGACGUGUGUGUGCUGCAUCGCCAUAGCGGCAAUCGCAAUCGUGUGGAACCACUACGUGUACGCCUGCCGUCAACACGACUGGCGAGCCUACUACAUUGCACAACAAGACUAUAAGAACAACCCGUCCCAAUACGAAGAACCAGACUUGUCGAACUUCAAGGCCUACGACUGCAGCGCGUCCGCCAUCGGCCUUCACGCCACGAACAUCGUCCUGGCCGUGAUUGAGAUCAUCCUCGGGUUCGCGGUGUCCAUCAUGAGCUGCGUCGGGCUCUGCACUAUGCGACGCGAUGCGGGACAGACAGUGAUUUACGCUGCAGGCCCGGUACCGGACGGAACGCAGGGAAACAUUGUGAUCAUGCAGGGAAACCCGGGUUUGUACCAAGCGUUGUUAUUUGUGUCUUCAUGUAUUUUGCUUGUGGCGUUGAAAGAUAAGCAACCGGCAGCCAGAAAGCUCCAGUAUGGGAAAUUUGGCGACUUGAGUGUCCAGGGUAGCCAACCGAAGGUGUCCGUGGCCCAGAAUCCGGCCCAGGUGCCACCUGCCUACCAGGUGGAUUCAGGUGCAGCGCCAGGUGUGCAGGAAGAGAAGAAGGGCCCGAUACCUGCUGAUUUCGUGUGA